AAGAUGGCGGCGGAGCGGACAGCCGGCUCGGCACGGUGACUGACAGAAGAAGCUGCCUCGCUCACGGCUAUUCUCCGAGAAGGAGAGGUGCGGGGGGAACUAAAUAAAUAACAACAACAACAACAACAGCCGGCUGUCACGCCUCGCCGGUAAUGCAGCAGCACCGGUAGACGACGGACACCGGUCGAAGUUGUGCGUGAGGACCGAUUUUGACGUUCACUAACGGGGCAGUUGGCGGGGAUGGGAAAUGAUGGAGGACAAAGGCCCUCGUGUAGCCGACUACUUUGUGGUGGCCGGUCUGACAGACUCGUCCAAGCCGUUGGACCAGGAGAUCCACUUUGAUGACGUCUGCCACAAGACGGCCAAGCCCAAAGCGCCCAUCACCGACGUGGCGGUGGUGAUCCGCUCGCUGGGCGAGGAGGUACCGCCGGGGUACACGUGCAUAGAGACGACACCGACCGGCCAGUCGGCCGAUCUUAACAACGGAGGCCUCAUGGCGCCCCAGAUCUUCCUGUGCUACCGGCGAGGCUGUGACAAACCGCCGCUCAUUGACCUGGGUGUGCUGUACGAGUGGAAGGAGCGACUGAAGCAGGGCUGCCACCUCAUCCAGACCACACCCUCUGGCCGCCCGGCCAACAUCAGCGGUAACUCCUCGCAGCGCAUCUACGUCACGUACCGCCGGGCGCCUGAGAGCCAGCAGCACGCCGCCCUGGCUGUCACCGACAUCUGCAUCAUCAUCCCCAGCAAGGGUGAGACGCCCCCGCACACCUUCUGCAAGGUGGAGAAGAACCUCAACAGCAGCAUGUGGGGCUCCUCUGUCUACCUGUGUUAUAAGAAGUCUGUGGCCAAAACCAACUCAAUAGCCUACAAAGCAGGUUUAUUCAGCAGAUAUCCAGAGGAGGACUACGAGUCGUUCCCUCUGCCAGAGUCCGUCCCUCUCUUCUGCCUUCCCAUGGGGGCCACGAUUGAGUGCUGGCCGGCUAACACCAAAUACUCCCUCCCUGUUUUUUCCACCUUCGUUCUCACCGGAGCCUCUGGAGAGAAGGUUUACGGUGCUGCCAUUCAGUUCUACGAGCCCUACCCACAGGAGUGUCUGACCAAUCAGCAGCUCUCCCAGCUCGGCCUCCUCAGCCCAGAGCCGCACAAGCCCUCGUCCUCCAACACCUCCAACACCACCACCACCACCACUACCAACAGCUCCCGGUCGGUUCACACCAACAAGUGCAUCUGCCUGCUGUCCCACUGGCCCUUCUUCGACGCUUUCCGCAAGUUCCUCACAUUCCUCUACCGCUACUCCAUCUCCGGCCCUCAUGCUCAGCCCAUUGAGAAGCACAUCUCUCACUUUAUGCACAAAGUUCCCUUCCCUUCCUCUCAGAGGCCUCGCAUCCUCGUGCAGCUCUCCCCUCAUGACAGCCUGAUGCUGAGCCAGCCGGUGUCUUCUCCGUUACCGCUCAGCGGAGGUCGGUUUUCCACGCUGCUUCAGAACCUCGGACCAGAGAACGCAGUGACUCUGCUGGUGUUCGCUGUCACUGAACAUAAGAUCCUGGUCCACUCGUUACGACCGGCCGUACUGACCAGCGUUACCGAGGCGCUGGUGUCUAUGAUCUUUCCGUUCCACUGGCCGUGCCCUUAUAUUCCUCUGUGCCCCCUGGCGUUGGCUGACGUCUUGAGCGCCCCUUGUCCGUUCAUCGUGGGAGUGGACUCCCGCUACUUCGACCUUUACGACCCUCCGCCAGACGUGAGCUGCGUGGACCUGGACACGAACACCAUCUUCCACAAUGAAGACAAGCGAGCCCUCACGUGGAAGAUCCUGCCAAAAAAAGCCUGUAAAAACCUAAUGAAUGUGCUGAGCAAUCUGUACCAGCAGCUGGCUGAUGGUCAGUUCAGGCCUGAUGGGCUGCUGGAGCUGAGCAUGACCGAUUCGUCAGAGCUAAGCUGCGGGAAGAGUCUCCACAUGCUGGAGCUGGAGAUCCAAGAAGCCUUUCUGCGCUUCAUGGCUGCCAUUUUGAAGGGCUACCGCUCCUUCUUACGACCAAUCACCCAGGCACCUUCUGAGAAAGCCACUGACGCCAGCUCACUCUUUGACCUGCAAGGGUUCUUGAAGAGCCGCGACCGCUCACACCAGAAGUUCUACUCUCUAAUGACCAAGACCCAGAUGUUCAUCCGCUUCAUCGAGGAGUGCUCGUUUGUCAGCGACAAAGACGCCAGCCUGGCCUUCUUCGACGACUGUGUGGACAAACUUUACAGUUCAGAGCGGAGUGCAGACAAAGGAGGCAAGGUGGACGGCGACAGGCCAGAGGAGGCCCGGCUGAUAGAGAUUGAUGAAUCCCAGCGCAGCGAGCACACGGUCUUCAUCACGCCUCCGGAGCUGCCCCCUCUGCCUGACGGGGAGGAGUAUCCGCUCUGCUACAGGUAUGACGGUUUCCCGGUGUUGAGCCUUGACCUGUUUGACCCCGUGGAGGGCCGGACGCCAUCCUACCGUCUCGCUGCCAGGCACAGCUGUCCCACCAGCCCUGCCCCCAUGUUCAGACGCACCAAGCAGGAGAUCAAAUCAGCCCAGAAGAUUGCCAAGAAGUACUCAUCCAUCCCUCAGCUGUGGUCCAAGUGCCUCCUCCGUCACUGCUACGGCCUCUGGUUCAUCUGUCUGCCGGCGUACGUGAAAGUCUGCCACUCUAAAGUUCGGGCCCUGCGCACCGCCUACGACGUCCUCAGGAAGAUGCAGGCGAAGAAGCUGCAGCCCCCCGAUGAGGUCUGCUACAGAGUGCUGAUGCAGCUGUGUGGGCAGUAUGGCCAGCCUGUCCUGGCAGUCAGGGUCCUGUUUGAGAUGAAGAAGGCUGGAGUCCAUCCCAAUGCCAUCACCUACGGCUACUACAACAAGGCCGUGUUGGAGAGCACAUGGCCCUCCAGCACCAGAGGAGGAUACUUCCUGUGGAUGAAGCUGAGGAAUGUGAUCGUGGGUGUGGCCCAGUUCAAACGGGCGCUACGACGACACGCACCCCUCAAUCAGAGUCCUCUGUCAGAUGGCAGCGACCUGGACGCUGUGAGUCACGGCAGCCUGGAUAGCUCUGUCGACACUAACCCGGCUGAGCAGGGCCCCUACGCCACUGACCCCGUCAAAGUAGACCCCACUGACGAUAGAUCUAGCACAGGAGAUCAGUCAGAUCUGGGUUAUAACUCACUGUCCAAAGAGGAGGUUCGGAGAGGAGACGCCACCACUCAGGACUCCGGCCCUGACAGAGAUGACAAGAAGGAGAGCGACUGCAGCUCCUUGUCAGAGACAGAGAGUGCCAAGGGAAGUAAAGACUGCCUCCCUCAGCUGGAUCUGGAGAUCAGCUCCUCCUUCAAACCUCGAGGCAUUGUUCGCAGCAGCUGUCCCUUUGACGACUCGGCCUGCAAACCCAAGAGCUCUGCCAGUGCAGGCCACGUCGCAGGCCUCCUCUUCACCACCUCCCUCGAGGAGAUCGGGGAGGUUCACACCAACAGUUUGCUCCGGAGACAUAAGAGCGCUCUGGAGGAGGUGGUGGGCAGCGCCAGCAGCGGCUCGGCCCUCGACUGGCAGGGGGCGAGGGCCCGUCGGCUGAGCGGAGACACCGUGGGCAGCGGCGGCAGCGGCACCACCGUCCUGGGCCUGGGCAUGAGUCAGGGCGAAACUGACCCAGAUAAGAUUGCGGGGAACUUGGGCGCAGAUGCCAGAAUCCUCUCUGGUGCCAACUUCAGUAAGAGUAAGAGGCCGCGUUCACUGGUCGUUGGCGGGUUGGAGGGUGCUAAGACGGGGUCAGCCAGAACUCAUGAUCACAUGGAGAUGGAGGAGGAGGAGGAGGAGGAGGAGGAGGAGGACGAUGAGAUGGAGGCGCAGGACUCCAGCGACGAAGAAGACAGGAGCAAUACAGAGGCCAUUUUUGACUUGGAGGAUCUGGAUUUAGACAAGCCAGCCUCAGGAACGAAACCUCCCGACAAACCCCACAAGAAGCUCGUGGAGCGCAGCGCCAGCUACAGCGGCACGAGCCCCGUGACGUCCAGAGGAGCGGUCAAGCGCACGGACAUCAAAACAGGCUACGACCCUCUGUCCCUUCUGGCUGCAGAGUCGCAGUCUGAGCAGCAGAACGAGGAUCAGUACUCGGAGGAGGGCGAGAGCAGCACGUCUAGCGCCCGCAGGGACCUGGCCAGGGAGAUUGAGCUCUACAUGAACUACAUGGGCAGCCCUCUGAGCAGCCGCACGCCCAGCCUCGACCUGCAGGACGCAACCAGCCCCCUCCUCCUGCACCCCUCGUCACUGGUCACCCCGCGCAGAGCCAGCCUGCCCCACAGCUCCCCCCUCAGGACUGCAGGAGUACCGCGCUCCCGCACCUUCCACCCGCCGUCGCCCUCCCAACACGUCUCACGCCAGCGCCUGUGGUCGUCGCCCCCCUGCCGGAGCUCCAGCACCACCCCCAGCCCCAGCCCUCGGCCCAGCCCCUACAGGGAGAGGGGAGAGAGGGUGAGCCUGGCGUCGCCCUCACCCUCCUCCUCCUCUUUUGCUCUGGACACCUUGCUGACACCGACGCUGGACGUGUUCAAGACGAGCGUGUUCUCUGCCGGGAAGGGCGUGGCAGAGAAGGCGAGCCGCUGGUAUUCCCGCCUCGCCACCUACACCACACCCACCAAGGACGGCCACAGCGACCACCUGAGUGUGUCCUCCCUCGGAGUUGGAGACCCAGACGGCUCCUCUCUGUUGGAUGAGGACUGUGUGGGGUCAGAGAGCUCCGUGGUCUCUCCACAGAGGAACGGCCCCCUUGGCCCAGCCAGGCCCCGUAGGAGCCCCAGACGUAGCCCCCUCCACAGCAGGCUGAACAGCCCGACUGCAGCCUUCAGCCACGGGAGACCCUCAUCUCUGCUCCCUGGCUACUCUCUACCAGACAAGUCGGACCUCGGCUCUUCGCGCUACACCAGCAACACCAGUAUCUUCAACAACUACGCCAUGGAGCUGCUGAUCUCCAGCUGUUCCCGCUGUAAGACGUGUGACUGUCUGGUGUACGACGAGGAAAUCAUGGCCGGCUGGACGGCAGACGACUCCAACCUGAACACCACCUGCCCCUUCUGUGGAAACCCCUUCCUGCCCUUCCUCAACGUGGAGAUCAGGGACAUGCGAGGACCUGGCAGGCUUUUCCUGAAGGGCAGCCCAUCGGUGGACGAGGCCAUGACCUCGUCGUGUUCUGCGUCCACAGGUCUGGACACGGGGACGUCCACCUUGUCCACACCUUGUCCCACAACAGCCAUCUCACCCCCGUCACCCAUGAUUGCUGUGCAGGAUUGUUCAGCAAGGACUCGGUCGACCAGGGCUCAUGGCAUCAACAUACCGGCGGAUCGGCGUCAGGGGGGGCUGUCCUGCGGGGCUCCCAUGGCUCGCAGCGUCAGCGCCUUCGGUCCUCUGGACGAACCGCCCCGAUUCAACCGCUGUGUGCCGACGUCGGGCAGCCUGCCCAGCCGCCUGAAUGAGACCACGGACCCACUGAGUAUGGAGUGGCGGCUGCACAACCCAGAGCCGGUGACCGUUCCCUAUCUGAGCCCCCUGGUGCUGUGGAAGGAGCUGGAGAGUCUGCUGGAGAACGAGGGAGACAUGGUGAUCACGGAGGCCGACCUGGUGGACCAUCACCCCAUCAUCUACUGGAACCUGGUCUGGUACUUCAGACGUCUGGACCUGCCCAGCAACCUGCCCGGCCUCAUCCUCACCUCCGAGCACUGCAACAGAGACUCGCAGGUCCCUCGUCACUGGAUGUCAGAGGACAGCAAACACGUCUUGAUCCAGAUCCUGUGGGACAAUCUGAAGCUGCACCAGGACCCCAUCCAGCCUCUCUACAUCCUCUGGAACACAUUCAAUGUGGGUUACCCUCUGUCCCGGGCCGUCCCCGAGGAGGAGAAGCCCUUCAGCGAGGAGCUGCUGCACAGCGUGGUGAAGGGCAUCCAGAGGAACGACGUCAGCCGGCCCAUGGCUCAGCUGCUGCAGCUGCUGGCUCAGACGCUCGGGGUCAAACGGCAAAGGAGCUUGUACAGAGACAUCCUCUUCCUCUCACUGGUGGCUCUGGGAAAAGAUAACAUAGAUAUUGACGCCUUCGAUCGGGAGUACAAGCUGGCGUACGACCGCCUCACGCCCAACCUGGUGAAGCUGACCCAUAACUGUGACCGUCCUCCGAGCACGGGCGUCAUGGAGUGUCGCAGGACGUUUGGAGAGCCUUACCUGUAAACACUCACCUGCACACGCCGGGUUAUUAACCCUCACCGCCAUCGUCAUUGCUUUAAGACCAGCUCAGGAAACCUGUUGGAAGACUGAAUGUGCACUACGGUAAACUCUAAGGAAGGUACAGUUGGCUGUGGUCAGCGUCAUGUAGCCUAAAGUUUUAUAGACGACAGAAACUCGCUGCGUUCAUUAACACCACUUCAUCCAGCCUCACCGGGUUUCUGUAAAUACAAAGCAGUAGAGGAUUUUUUUAAAGUGCAACAUUUAUAUUGUAUAGUCAAACAUCAUAUAAAGACUAAUAUUAGCAAUAUUUUAACUAUUUAUACAAAGCCAGCUUUAUUUAUUGUCACGUAGCGUUUUACCUGUUGUCCUGUGGUUGCUCUCAUCUUGAAGCAGUUGAAACCUGGAUGAGUUGAAAACUCGGCUCACCAAAGCGUUUCAGUACGUGUUCGCUGUGUGUUUGAAAUGAGUUGGGUCUAAAUAUUCUUAACUGUGACGAUUCGCUGUCUUUUUGUUUUGUCUGACAGCGAAUUAAAAAUCUUUUUUUGACUGUUGGUCAGUGAAAGAGAUAAAACUAUUUUUAAGCCUUCAGUGUUCGUCUCAGUGUUCACUAUGCUGCCCAAACUGUUACAGUACAGCUCUACUUUUAUUUUGAGCCUGUAAGCAAAGGUGGUUAUCAAUUAAUCAGUAUGAGUGUGAAUCUCAACAGCAGGGAGGUUAUUAUGGAAAAUGUGACAUUAAAGUGGCAAGUCCAUAAUCACAUGUGAAUAUAUCACUCAUUACCACCAGGACCACAAAAUUCCCAAAUCUCAUGGUUAUUCCAUGUACGUCCUGGUCAUACGCUGAUUGGAAUAAUCUGUAAAUCACCCAGAAUGUGACAAAAAAUCUCUAACAAUGAAUUUUGCCUUCAUUUGUGAAAGCUCCUGCUCCACAAUCGGUGUGAUCUUGUACAAGUUGUAAAGAGGCAGUUAAGUUCGGUGCUUUUGUGCACUGGUGUGUCAGCAUUGUUCUCUAGUUACAAAGGGUGACCAGAUUUGAGUUUGUGAAAAAGAGCAGCAGGGACACACACACAGAGAAAUGUAACGCAAAUUGAAUGUUAACAUGUUUGAAUCUCUAGUAGAACAAAAUCCUGGUCAAGUUUGAAAUUGUUUGAAAAACUUUACGUCUCAAAAAGACGACGUAUCUGAGAAAAAGAGGGCGUCUGGUCUCCCGUCUGGUUGUUACACAUUGAUUGCAGCUCAUGUUGGUUUACUGAAAUCUACACAAAAUACAAAAAAAGAAAAAGACAUCUAAGUAGAUGGUGUGUUGCAAGAGGCAGAAUAAUUUUCUUCGAUUAAUGCACACAGGCUCUGCAUGAAGUGGAGAUCCUGUGGAAAUUAAGCAGAAUCUAAAGUGGGGCCGUAGUAAAUGAUCGUAACCUGCAGAGGGCGGUAAAACAGCCUGUAGCGUUGAUACUGCCAGAAAUCCCAAAAGAAGCAGAAGAAGAAAACCACCACAGUCAAUGGUCCUCUCUUAAUCAUGAUUAAAUAUUUAAAUCUACUGAGUUUGUACAUGUCUGAAGACGCCACAGUCUAGAUCAACUUGCUCAAACUCAUGAAAUUAAGUCACAUCAGUCUCUCAUAUAGAAAUAAUUGAUAACCACCUUGAUCCGUUCUAUCCAUGCAAAAUAUAAAUUAGUUUUGUUUACAUUUUUUAACUUUUGAAAUACUUCAGCAUCAUCUGAACAACAACACUUUUAGUUUCAUCGUCCUAGUGUUUGUCGCCAGAUCAAUUAUCAGUAUUAUUGUUCGUACUGAACAAAGACAAAACACAUCACCACAAUCAUGGAUUUUUGUGGUUUUACUUGAGGUAAGAGAAGCUCUGGAAAAAAAAAAAUACUAAACUAAAUACACAAAGAAAAAAACUUGCAGGAUUUAAU